AAGAUCGAACUAAGGGAGGAGGAUGCGUACGACGAACUCGGCUUCUCCUUCUCAACGUGGAAGAAGUGGACGAUACUCAGCGUCAUCUUCAUUGUGCAGACGUCGAUGAACUUCAAUACUUCGCUAUACUCGAACGGUCUCGCCGGAAUCUCCACAGAGUUUGGUGUCAGUGAGCAGGCUGCCCGCGUCGGGGCUGCCAUCUUCCUCAUCACCUAUGCUUUUGGAUGCGAGCUGUGGGCGCCAUGGUCCGAGGAAUUUGGCCGCAAACCAGUCCUGCAAAUGUCUCUCGGCCUGGUAAACGUAUGGUGUAUUCCCGUUGCCUUGGCGCCAAACUUUGCCACAUUGCUUGUGGGCCGCGCCCUUGGAGGUCUGUCUUCGGCUGGCGGAAGCGUUACCCUGGGUAUGAUUGCCGACAUCUUCGAAGCCAACGAGCAGCAGUACGCAGUUGCUUACAUCGUCUUUUCGUCCGUUGGCGGAUCCAUCCUCGGGCCUAUUAUUGGCGGCUUUGUCGAAGCGUACCUCGACUGGAGGUGGGCUAUAUGGAUACAGCUCAUUUUCGGCGGGUUUGCACAGAUCCUGCAUCUGCUGUUAGUCCCGGAGACCAGGACAACCCUCUUGCUCGACAGAAUCGCAAAGAAGCGGCGCAAGUCGGGACAGUCCCCCAAUAUCUACGGCCCCGACGAACUAGAGCCAUUCUUCGAGCGGUUCACCUUCAAGGAGCUCUUGUGGACUUGGAUUCGCCCCUUUCGGAUGUUCUUGACAGAACCGAUUGUAUUGACCCUCUCACUUCUCUCGGGCUUUUCAGAUGCUUUGAUAUUCAUGCAAAUACAAAGUUUUGCCCUCGUUUACAAGCAAUGGGGGUUUUCUUCGGUACAGAUUGGGUUGUCUUUCAUCCCUAUCGGUUUGGGCUACGUGAUCGCCUGGAUCUCGUUCAUUCCCGCCAUCCGUCGAAACAAAGCUCAGCGCGAGCGGAACCCAGACAACGACCAUGCCCAGUAUGAGUCACGUCUGUGGUGGCUCUUGUUUACAGCGCCAUGCCUGCCAAUUGGUCUCAUAAUCUUUGCCUGGACCUCUGGAGGGCCUCCAAUCCACUGGGUUGGCACCAUGGUUGGAUCUGCCAUCAUAGGCAUAGCGAAUUACUCCAUUUACAUGGCUACUAUUGACUAUAUGAUAUGCGCUUAUGGGCCAUACUCGGCGUCUGCCACAGGCGGGAAUGGAUGGUCUCGUGACUUCUUAGCCGGUGUCUUGACAGUACCAGCCACGCCAUUCUAUACCAAUAUCGGGGGUGCGCGACACCUAGAAAUUGCGAGCACUAUCCUGUUCGCCAUCUCGCUUGUUCUGGUAUGUGCCGUCUAUGCGAUUUACUACUACGGCCCGGUGCUCCGCAAACGCUCUCCGUUUGCCGAGAGCCUGGCAUCUGCUACAAAACUUCGCGACCAUGGCAGACGACGGCCUGCUGCUCAAUUUCGAACUCGG